GCCGGUGUUUCUAAAUGAUGACUGUUAAUGACGAAUCACCCUUCUAAAGGAUUAGCUGGUCAUUUCUGGAGAAGGAUCUGCAUCCGUGGGACAAGAGGUUGCAAGAUGGCUCUAAAAGAAAAAUGCAAAGCAAUAGAAUUUGCUAGAACUCUGAUGGCUGCGGAAACCAUUUAAAGACCAGCGAAUCAAGAUAGUCUUCCAGGAAAUCAUCAUGAUAAAUGUUACAACAGCCACGUUCACUCUGUCCUUUUCAUCCAAUGUCACGGCUGCACCUGUUGGGGGUUAUAUCAUCACCUGGAGGAUGGCUAUGGUCGCUCUUAUUACAGUCCCACUCUCAGCCAUCACCAUAAUUGGCAACAUUCUUGUCAUUGUUGCCUUCAAGGUCAACCCUCUCCUCAGGACUGUCAGUAACUACUUCCUGUUGAGCUUAGCUGUGGCUGAUCUUAUCCUGGGCACCAUCUCGAUGAACCUCUACACCACUUACAUCCUGAUAGGACGCUGGACAUUAGGCAGUCUGGCCUGUGAUGUGUGGCUGGCUGUGGAUUAUGUAGCAAGCAACGCCUCUGUCAUGAACCUGCUGGCCAUUAGCUUUGACCGUUACUUAUCUGUCACGCGACCUUUGACCUAUCGGGUCAGCCGCACAACCAGAAGGGCGGCGCUGUUGAUCGGGCUGGCAUGGGGUAUAUCUUUCCUGCUUUGGGCACCAGCCAUUUUGUUCUGGCAGCACAUAGUAGGUGAAAGGACAGUGCCUGAGGAGCAGUGUUCAAUCCAGUUCCUGUCUGAGCCUGUGAUCACAUUUGGAACAGCCAUUGCAGCUUUCUACUUGCCUGUCAGUGUGAUGGUGGGUCUGUACUGGCGGGUGUACCGAGAGACAGAGAAACGUUCGCGGCAACUGGCUGGGUUAAUAGCAUCCCGUGGGGGUGACUCAAACAAGUCAUCACAGUCCCAGUCCAGUAGCAGCUACGUAAGCGACGUUGAAGAAACCAGGCUUCAGAUGACUAUACAGCCAAAGUCAAAAACGAUCACUAGGACCCCGUGUCCGUCCUUCACUCGGUCCACAGCAGCAUGGUGGAAGAAGAAGAGUAGGAUACGUUACUCUGGAGCUCCGUCACACACUGUAAACAGCCCCAAACAAACUGGCACAGACUGCGUCCUCAGCAGUGAGGAUAGGCAGAAAAAUGCUGCAUAUAUUCCUCUUGCUCAGGUCAAUAAAAGGAUGGACUUAUUGAAUGAUUCUGAUGUUGAUUCGGAUGAUAUCCAAGUGGCAGACUGCCAAUCAGACAGUCAGCAGUCCCUCAGACAGUGUCCCACAGUAUCUCCAGGAACAUCACCUCUUCCACAGUCGGUGACACAGAAAAGCCGCAAGCCACGCAGCUGGUCACUAAUCAGAGAGAAGAAAGCAGCACGGACCUUGAGUGCCAUACUACUAGCCUUCAUCGUGACAUGGACGCCCUACAACAUCAUGGUACUAGUGUCCACAUUCUGUGAGCACUGUGUUCCUGAAGGGCUCUGGCAGUUGGGGUACUGGCUUUGCUAUGUCAACAGCACGGUGAACCCAGUUUGCUAUGCCUUCUGCAACAAGCACUUUCAAGUCACCUUCAAGGCUUUGUUACUCUGCAGGUGGAGGGAGCAGAGGAAGAGAAAAAGAUGGACCUUUUCACAGGAUAGCUAGCCAACUCCCUGGAGACUCUGGAUUGUUCUCAUUCUUUUUUCUUUUUUUAAUUCUUUGUUUCCUUUUCUUGCAUCCUCUCCUUGCAAGAGGGGAGCUAAGGAGAUGCAGGCACAAGGGAAUAUGAAGUGGCAGUCACUGAGACUGGUUGCAUUUACACACACUUACACAGUGCAAUUAAUAGCUAAUUUACAAUCAGUCAAAACGUUAUUUCAUAUACAUAUUGCAUUCUUAAAUGUUGUUGUUUAAACCAGCAAGAUUCUACACCACCAGCUUACUCGUGGCCAUAUCAUAUAAACAUUCAUGCUAUAUUUUACCCAUUGUUUUUCUAUUAUUUUACAGAGAGACUUGUAUAUAAGAUGCAACUGAUAUCCCCACUUUAAGAUUCCUCUGUAAACAGCCAAUACGUCCAUAAUGAUGCUGAUGGAUUAAAAAGUCAGGGCUGAAGGACGUAGAAUUGAGUGUCUUAAAAAAUAGCAGAAAGCUGGGAUUUUCCAGCUCUGCUUUAGGUCUCACUUCAGCUGAAGAACAGCUUGAAAAACUGAGGUUUUAUGUUACAACUGAACUGAGGGCACGAAGCCUUUAUUAUCGCCACACAUGCAUUACAGCACAGUGGAAUUCUUUUCUUCACAUAUCCCAGCUGAGGAAGUUGGGGUCAGAGCGCAGAGGCAGCUAUAAUACAGCGCCCCAGGAGCAGAGAAGGUUAAGAUCCUUGCCCAAUUGUCCAACAGUGGAGCUUGAACCCCGAUCACAGCCUCAAGCACUUGAGCCACCACUGCCCUUAAUUAAAGGAUGUUGAAGAAAGAAAUACUCUUUGUCUAUGCUAUAUU